AUGAAAAUAUUAUCUUACAUUCAACAAGAAAAUGGCAGAUUUAUUUUAGAUACUCCAGAAAACCAUGUUCAUUUCAUUAUAUGGCAAAUAUUAUGUUUACAGGCAGUAUUUUAUGCUAUUCCGAGUACAACUACUUUUUUUAUUUUUACUAUUGCUGGGUUCUUUCGAAAUUUAAUUUAUAUUUUUAAUACAGAGUCCUAUUUUAAUGGAGAUAUUGCUUUGUUUUGUAUUUUUUUUACAAAUAUAUUAAACUCCGUUUUAAUAUCUUUAUUCAUAAAAAUUGUCGUCAAAAGAUCAAAAAAACAUUUAGACUACGUCACAUCUUACGGUAUAAUUCAUUUAUGCCUAUCUAUUGUGGUUUCGAGAUUUCCUGUCUCAUAUUUAUGGUAUCUAAGCUUUUUCCUUUUUGUCAUGAUAACUGUGCUUAUAAGCGAGUGCCUAUGCUACAAGGAUAACAUUGAAAGAAAUUUAUUUGAACAACACUACAUUGUAAGAAGUAACUAUAAUGUAUAUUUUUAUAACACGCAAAAACUGUAA